AUGAGCUUUCUGCAACUGACCCAAUUGGUUGAGCAAUGGGUUGUGGCGCGUGGUCCUCCACCACGUGCAAAUCGAGUUCCUAGACGGAAUUUUCAAGUGGAAGAUGAACCAGACCAGGAGGAUGAACUUCCUGAAGAAGAAGCACUGCCGGUUCCACGACGGGAGCAAAGGGGCAUCGGUAACAACCUCAAUCUCAAGAUUCCGCAAUUCAAAGGUACGAGCUCCCCUGAAGAUUACCUCGAGUGGGUCCAGCGCGUUGAUAAGGUGUUCGAAUACUAUGAGUACUCCGAAGCCCAGAAGUGUCAGCUUGCUGCCCUUGAGUUCACUGAUUAUGCGAAUCUGUGGUGGGAAAACAUAAAGGCGCAGCGAAGAAAAGAUCGGGAAGAUAUGAUUCGUAGUUGGCGGGAGAUGAAGUGCAUCAUGCAUAGAAGAUUCGUGCCCGAGUACUACAAGCAAGACUUGUUCCUCAAACUGCAGAGUAUUCGUCAGGGAGGUAUGUUCGUUGAAGAUUAUGUCAUGGAGUUCGAAAUGUUGUCGAUGAGAUGUGAACUGAGUGAGCCACGGGAGCAGACCAUUGCUCGAUUUAUUGGUGGCUUGAACAAGGAAAAUGCGGAUAUUGUGGAGUUGCAGCCCUAUGUCUUUUUGGAAUAUGUGAUUACGCUGGCCAGUAAGGUGGAAAAACAGCGAAAACGCAGCAAACUCAAUGCAUCGCGGGUGCUUUACCCAAAACCAGUGGCCGCUAGUUCAGGAUCCUCUUCGAAGUGGAAUGCGCAGCAGAAGGAUGUAGGAGGCUCUCAAAGGCCUCAAGCUGAGGCGACAAAGGGAAAGGAGAAGCACACUGAUCCGCAACACCCUGUUCGGAGCCGAGACAUCAAGCGCUUCAAAUGUCUUGGAUUAGGACACAUAGCUUCCCAAUGUCCGUAUCGGCGAGUGAUGACCAUCCAGAACACUCAAGAGAUCGAGAGUAAAGAUAAAGGGGUGGAUGAGGAGGUUUCUGGAGGUGCGCAGGGAGAGAAUGUAGAGUUUGCCGAUGAGGGUGAGAUGCUCAUGAUUUGUCGAGUCUUGAGUUUCGAAGCAAAGCUGGAAGAAGAACAGCGAGAGAAUCUUUUCCGAACUCGGUGCACCAUCCAAAAUAAGCUGAAUCUGGCUACUACAAAGCAUCCAUGCCCCUAUAAGUUGAGAUGGCUGAAUGAUCAAGGCGAGGCACGAGUUACUCAGCAAGUUCGUAUUCCAUUCUCAAUUGGGAAGAUGUAUAAAGAUGAAGUAGUAUGUGACGUGGCUCUGAUGAGUGCAAGUCAUCUUCUAUUGGGAAGACCGUGGCAAUACGAUAGAAGGGCUUUGCACGAUGGAUACAAGAAUACUUAUUCAUUCACCAAAGAAGGGAAGAGUAUUGUCUUAGCACCACUUAGUCCACCACAAGUGCAGAAGGACCAUAGUGCGAGUGUGAAUGGCUUGAAGAAAGAAAGCUUGGAAGCAACGCCCGAAGCUCAUAUUUCUUUUCCGCCUCAGUUCAUGGCUCUCUUAAAGGAGUUCGUUGACGUAUUUCCUGCGGAGUUGCCUGAAGGGUUGCCUCCGAUUCGGGGGAUUGAGCAUCAAAUUGAUCUCGUUCCUGGUUCUGCUUUACCUAAUCGAUCGGCAUAUCGGUGCAAUCCGAAUGAGGCCAAGGAGCUGCAACGCAGGACCCUUGAGGAGCAUGCCGAGCAUCUUAGGAGAGUCUUCGAAACUUUGAGACGAGAGAAAUUAUACGGGAAUAUAAAGAAGUGUCGAUUCUGCCAGGAAAAAGUCGUCUUUCCAGGCUUUGUUAUCUCUCAGCAGGGGGUCGAGGUUGAUGAGGAAAAGGUCAAGGCCAUUCGGGAGUGGUCCACUCCCACUACUGCAUCCGAGGUGAGGAGUUUCCAUGGCUUGGCAUCCUUUUAUAGGAGAUUUGUGAAGAAUUUCAGUACUAUACUUGCUCCAUUAAUUGAAUGUACGAAGAAGGGUACCGAGUUCAAGUGGGGUGAAUCAGCCCAAAGAAGUUUUGAGAGCAUCAAGGACAAGUUGUGUGCAGCUCUUAUCUUAGCCCUACCCGACUUCUCUAAGACGUUCGAGAUCGACUGUGAUGCUUCGGGAGUUGGAAUUGGAGCUGUUCUUAUGCAAGACAAAAGCCCAAUAGCUUAUUUCAGUGAGAAGCUAAGUGGUGCGAGUCUGAACUACUCGACGUACGAUAAGGAGUUUUAUGCUCUGAUCCGGGCUCUUGAGAUGUGGGAACACUACUUACUCCCCAAGGAGUUUAUCAUUCACACCGAUCACGAGUCCCUAAAGCAUUUGAAGGGACAAAAUAAGCUGAAUCGAAGGCAUGCCAAAUGGGUGGAAUACUUGGAGAUAUUUCCUUAUGUCAUCAAGUACAAACAAGGAAAUAUUAAUGUCGUGGCUGAUGCCCUAACUCGAAGGUAUGCAUUGAUUUCACUCAUGAAUGCUAAGCUGCUGGGGUUUGAACUGAUUAAGAGUCAGUACGUGGAUGAUCCCUAUUUUUCUCCAAUUCGUUUGGCUUGCGAUAAGGGCGCUGUUGAUGGGUAUUAUCUGCAUGAUGGAUACUUGUAUAAGCUUGGCAAGCUUUACAUUCCAAGUGGAUCCGUUCGUGAGUUAUUAGUGCGAGAGGCUCAUCCUGGGGGUUUAGCCGGCCAUUUCGGAGAGAAGAAGACUCUUGAGAUGGUCAAGGAGCAUUUCUACUGGCCAAAAAUGAUUCGGGACGUGCACCGGAUUAUUGAACGGUGUAUUACUUGCAAGAAGGCAAAAAGCAAGGAGGCUCCCCAUGGCCUAUAUAUGCCUAUGCCAGUACCGGACCAGCCAUGGAUUGAUCUGAGUAUGGAUUUCGUACUUGGCUUACCAAGGACUCAGAGGGGCAAAGACUCGAUUCUGGUAGCGGUUGAUCGCUUCUCUAAGAUGCUCAUUUCAUUCCAUGUCACAAGUCCGAUGAUGCUACCCAUGUUGCUAAUUUGUUCUUCAAAGAAGUGGUGA